UUUCAACAAACGGGGUACGAUGUUAGCUGGCGGUUGUAGUGAUGGCUUUUGCAUAGUUUGGGAUUUCCAAUCGAUGAGCAUUGUCCGAAAGGCAAAGUGUCACGUCGUCUCGGUGACCGGCGUAAGUUGGUCACGCAAUGGCCAUUGCGUUCUUUCGUGUGGCGAGGACGAAAAAUGUGUCUAUUGGGAUCUAAAGAGAGGCACACAAAAAAUUAUUCAAUUUGGCUGCUCGGUACUCACGGCACAAAUGCACCCAAAAAAUAAUGACAGCUUUAUGUUUGUCGCCUCGUUAUUCCAAGAAUCACCGGUAGUCGUGGAAUUGGGAGAUACGAAUCGACAUUUUUCCCUACCAACUAAUCCAGAUACAUCGGAACCAAAUUCCCCAAAGUACAGCAAUAAUAAUCCGCUCUAUAGUAAAACAGUUGUUUGUCGUUAUGACAAGCACGGCACGCGCAUACUUGCAGGCACUAGCCAAGGCUUUCUGAAUAUAAUUGAUUCGGAAUCACUACAGGCAACAGUCAAAGAGAUAAUUGUGAGUCGUAAUGGGAAAGAUGUAAUCGUACAAACUUUGGAUAAAACUAUUCGCCUAUAUUGGCUGGAUGACCAAGGAUUGCAUAAUUCAGAGCUGUUGUUUGCGGAAACCGUCAAUAAAAAUAAUUGGAAUCAAUGUUGUUUCAGCCAAGUCGGCGAAUAUAUAAUCGGAGGUUCGGCCAAGUUAGCUUCUCAUGAAAUAUACAUAUGGGACAUAGGAACCGCCAGGCUAGUUCAAACUUUGCAAGGCCCUUACGAAACCCUCAUAGAUCUUGCUCAGCAUCCAGUCCAGCCGGUCAUCGUAUCACUGGACGAACAUGGAGCCAUACAUACGUGGACGACGCGUCACAAAGAGGAUUGGGUUAAUUGGGACCCGGAAUUCACGGAAAUCCAUGACAACAUAGUGUACGAAGAGCGGGAGGAUGAGUUUGAUAUCAUUAGCGACGAGGAAAAUUUCGGAACAGAAAGUAAUCAACUUCAAGAUAUCGAUGAUGAAGAAAUUGAUGUAGCGACGAUUGAUAGACCAGAAAGGUCAGACUCUUCGGAAAACGAAGAUGGAUUCCUUGAUCUGUAUGAUUCGGGAGUUGAAAAAACGGAAUUUUACAACGUCGCAAGAAAUGCACAAAAUGAAUAUUCGGGGAAUAAUACUAUGGUUGUUUCAAAUAGCUCCGAUAUAGCGCAAAGUGUAAAAUUGAAAGAGAAGAACAAAACUCCCAUCGAGCAUGACAAAGAAACAAAUAGGUGGAUUGAAGAUUCAUGGUAG